AAGAAACUCCCAGGAUGCCCCAGGGUGCAGUUUCUUUUUCUCAUGAUGUGCUGUUAAGCACGUCAGCUGUUCCUGUUGCCGUGCAGAUCACCCACCAUCAGGUCACUGAGAAAGACAGCAGCAGUUGCUCACACAGAUGCCAGGAUUAGGAGAUGGUGCUCUGUCAGCCCUGAGCCCAAGGAAGCCCCCAGCACACACAGGUGCCUCCUCCAGGACGGCGGCAGCGGCGGCGCGAGGACGCGGCGGGCAGCGGAGCGAUGGGGCCCCUCCGAGAGACCAAGAAGGAGCAGAGAGCGCAGCAUGGUGAGAAGGAGGUUUCCCGAAGCCGGAUCCCUCGUUUGAUUCUUCGGCCCUAUCUGCCUCAGCAGCAGCAGCACAAAGUGUCCCCGGCCUCAGAGUCUCCCUUCUCUGAGGAAGACAGCAGAGAGUUCAACGCCAGCAGCUCCGGGCGCUCAGCAGGGGCCAUUAGCAGCAACAGCUUCUGCUCAGAUGACACAGGCUGUCCUAGUAGCCAGUCAGUAUCUCCUGUGAAGACCCCCUCAGAUACUGGAAACAGUCCAGUUGGUUUUUGCCCUGGAAGUGAUGAAGAUUUUACCAGAAAGAAAUGCACAAUUGGAAUGGUUGGUGAGGGAAGCAUCCAGCCAGCUCGAUGUAAGAAGGAACCAAAGUCGGGCCUUGUAAAGCCAGGUAGUGAAGCCGAUUUUAGCUCCUCAAGCAGCACCGGCAGCAUUUCCGCUCCUGAGGUCCCCAUGUCUGUUGCAGGAAACAAGCGGUCUUCCGUCUCACGCAAUCGAGGUCCCCAUGGGCGGAGCAAUGGCGUUUCAUCACACAAAUCUGUCAACAGCCCACCAUCCCCACGGGAAAAGGACCUGCUGUCCAUGCUGUGCCGGAAUCAGCUGAGUCCCAUUAACGUCCACUCCAGUUAUGCCCCUUCUUCCCCGAGUAGUAGCAACUCUGGCUCCUACAAAGGAAGUGACUGCAGCCCGAUCAUGAGGAGGCCUGGAAGGUACAUGUCUUGUGGUGAAAAUCAUGGUGUCAAACCCCCAAAUCCAGAGCAGUAUUUGACUCCUCUGCAGCAGAAGGAGGUCACAGUGAGACAUCUCAAGACCAAGCUGAAGGAAUCUGAGCGCCGGCUUCAUGAGAGGGAAAGUGAAAUCGUGGAGCUCAAGUCCCAGCUGGCCCGUAUGAGGGAAGACUGGAUUGAAGAGGAGUGCCACCGGGUGGAGGCCCAGUUGGCACUCAAGGAAGCCAGGAAGGAGAUUAAACAGCUCAAGCAGGUCAUCGAGACUAUGAGGAGCAGCUUGGCUGAUAAAGAUAAAGGCAUCCAGAAGUAUUUUGUGGACAUAAAUAUCCAAAACAAGAAAUUGGAGUCUCUCCUUCAGAGUAUGGAGAUGGCACACAAUGGCUCUCUGAGAGAUGAACUGUGUCUAGACUUUCCUUGUGAUUCCCCGGUGAAAAGCUUCACCCUAAAUACCUCUUUUGGCAAGAUGGCAGAUGGGCUGUCCCUGGAAGAGCAGGUCACAGAGGAAGGGGCUGACAGCGAGCUGCUGGUGGGAGAUAGUAUGGUCGACGGCACAGAUCUGUUUGAUGAGAUGGUGACAGCCACCACCACAGAGUCUGGCGACCUGGCCCUUCUUCAUUCCACCCGUGGGGCAAAGGUCCUUGAGAUCCCCAUUGAGGUGGGUCAAGAGGAGGGCAGUGUGGUGGUGGAGCAAGCUGUCCAGACCGACGUGGUGCCGUACAGCCCCGCUGUGUCAGAGCUCAUUCAGAGCCUGCUCAAGCUCCAGGACCCAUGUUCCUCGAGCUCAGCAUCCGCUGAUGAGUCUUGGGCUGAGCCAACAGAAAGCCCCCUAGAGGCCAUCCCUGCCUUAAUGAUUGAUUUAACUCCAAGAAACCCAAAUUCAGCCAUCCUUUUGUCUCCUGUGGAGACGCCAUACAACAGAGUGGAGGUGAAGGCUCACGAAAGCCACCUCAUGAAAGAGCUGGAUUUUGCAGUCUGCACAGAAGACAGUUUGGACGGCAUCGUCCCAUUGUCUCGGGGGGCCGUGGCGAAGCAGUACUGGAGCAGCAGUUUCCUGGUGGAUCUCCUGGCUGUAGCUGUCCCUGUGGUCCCCACCAUUUUGUGGGCAUUCAGUACUCAGAGGGGGGGAACAGAGCCUGUCUACAACAUUGGCGCCUUGCUCCGAGGCUGCUGUAUGGUUGCACUGCAUUCACUCCGCCGCCCCACCUUUCACAUCAAGACAUAAAUAGCAGUUGUUGUUAUGGUGUGCCAAUUUGUCCCGUGUGGCAUCGUGCCAGGUGGAGAAACAGCAGGUCGAACUGUGGCAGUCUCUGGUCUGUCGUGUUGCUCCUCGGUGUUUGAUUUGCACUAUAUUUAGUUGAAGCCUGUUCACUGUUUAAAUCCAGAGGUUUCUUCAAAGGCAUGGAGACCUGGUUCAAGUAAAUGUCCCACCAGUGUGGUAUAGAAAGCAUGCUCAUGACCCUGCCGUAUUGUCUGAGGUGCCCGUUCCUAUCCCAGUGGUUCAGGAAGAGAAAAUGCAGAGUUUGCACUUUCAGGACAGCUUCUGUAAGGCUGGCAUGUUAUCUCCUUGCUUUGCUUCGUGCUGUUUUAAAAUGUGUAACUGUUUCAGCAUUCCAGUGGUCUUGUGCAUAGCAGGGGAUUGUAACCAAAAAUAAAAAUGUAUUUGUGUAUAGGUUUGAAGAAGUCUUGAAUAGCUCUUUAGUGUCUUACUUGGGGUUGAUAAGGUUUGAGUGUGGUUUUUUUACUAAGUGUAGCUCCAAAGUCUUAAAUGGCUUGUUUGUUCUUAAACCUGUUAAUUGAUGAGAUGGUUUGUAGGUUUACAGUGUAUUAAUUUGCUGACUGUAUAGCGUGUUUUACUGGAAGUUGUUUGUAACCAUACAUUUAAGCAUGACAAAAUAAAGACUAGUGUUCCCAUUUAAAUGAAUGUUUCAUCCUCCUAU